UUUUCACUAAACAAUGAUGUUUCACAAGCUGGUUUUGUUCUGUUUUUCCUGCUGGUGUCAGAUUGGUGUGUUUGGUGAGUCAGUGUCAGUGAUGGAGGGAGAUUCUGUCACUUUACACACUUCUGUUACUGAAAUACAUGAAGAUGAAGACAUGCUGUGGAAAUUUGGUGCUGAAAAGUCUCUCAUAGCUAAAAUCAGAAUUGAGAAUCAAAUCUUUGUCACAUCUGAUGGUCCUGAUGGGAGAUUCAGACAUAGACUAAAGCUGGACAAACAAACUGGAUCUCUGACCAUCACAAACAUCACAACUAAACAUGCUGGAGUCUAUGAACUAGAGAUAAAUGGACCUAUGUGGUCAUUAAAAACAUUUAGUGUUUCUGUUUAUGCUCAUCUGCCUGCUCCCAUCAUUACCAGAGACUGUUCAUCAUCAUCAUCAUCUUGUUCAUUGUUGUGUUCAGUGGUGAAUGUGAGUCAUAUGACUCUCUCCUGGUACAAAGGAAACAGUUUAUUGUCCAGCAUCAGUGUGUCUGAUCUCAGCAUCAGUCUCUCUCUACCUCUGGAGGUGGAAUAUCAGGAUAAAAACACCUACAGCUGUGUGAUCAACAAUCCCAUCAGCAACCAGACCACACAUCUGGACAUCAGCAAACUCUGUCACACAUGUUCAGAUCAGGUCUCACUGUUGUUUUACAUGAUGCUGCUCUCUGCUACUGCUGCUGGAUCUCUGUUCAUUUUAGCUGUAGUCGGGAUCUUCUUCAUCUGCAAGAAAUGUAGAACAAAUAACAGAGAAGGCAAGUAUUAA